AUGUCCCAGCAACAGAAAAGUCCCUCUCCAGGAACGAAGGCUGGAACCAAAAAUAGCCAUGGACCCAGCGCCAACAUGACUUAUCAGAUAACCGAUCUCACGCACUGUCAUGUGCCGGAGGGCUCGUUGAUUGUGACGGCAAUGUGCGUUGCAUACACGCCGGCGUUCAGCAGUCUGCAAACGCCGAACAUGGUCGACCAGCACCAGCACCAUCUCGCCGCGCAGCAUAUGGGGCCGUCGCCGCUCGACACGCUAGCCCACACGUCGCACAUCGUCAAGCCUUAUCGCCUGCCGUACGCGAACAAGCCUCUAGCAGCAGCGCCUCGCAACCAGCGAGACGCAAUGCUUCACGAGCGGGCCGGACGCGGCGCUGCGACAGCGGGCCCGGUACGACACCGCAUCAGCCGAGCGUGUGAUCAAUGCAACCAGUUGAGGACCAAGUGCGACGGAAAGGCGCCGUGCGCAGGCCGUAUAGACAUCGCGCCCCCUUCUGGCGACUCUGCCAGUGGCAGCCCGCAAUUACGCAGCAAUGGCCUCUCUGAAGAGAAGGACUCCGAGUCCCAGAGCGCCAUCGAGCAUCCGUUGGACGGUCAGCGACCCUUCCCAGAACUGCCCCUACCUAGUCUUCCUCAGGCGCACUCGGCCAGCAUAGCGACGACCCGCGACAUGGAGGGAGCGACCCAUGUACCAGAACGUGCCGAUAUCUAGGACAAUGAGC